AAAAAUUGAUUGAAAAUGGAUUCCGAAAAUGACUUAUUCUUCAGCCAAUUGUCUGAAAUGACUUCCGACCGAUUUUGGCGACAAUUUAUUGCUAAACAGUUCUCAACACGCGCGACGUCUGAGACGACGACUAAAAUGGAUUCCGAAAGACUUUUGUUCGCAAAUUCGGCUUUUUUUGACGCCAAACAACACCCGACGCUUACAGAUCAGGUGUUUUUGUGUCGAGAAAUAGCAAAACAACUCGUUUCUGAUAAACAAAACGCAAAAUCAAAGGGACGUGAAAUGUUUGAAAAACGACAACAAAAGUCAAUGCAAUGGAUAACCGCUUCCACUGAAGACGACGACGACGGCGCGGGGGUGGCGGACGACGACUCGCACGCCAAUACCAUUUCCGAAGGUCCGCCGAAUCUGCGUCUUGUUCUCGACCCGCGUCACGUGCAGGACUUGUCUUCUCUGGACUUUGAGCCGAACGAAGCGGAAAUGGCUAAAGAGGAACGUCGGACAAGAGAUCUAUGUGAAGGCAUAUUUGCGGACUUGACGUCUCCGGACACGAAAACUAAAGGAAACGUUUUGUUCGCUUUAAGACAACAAAAAAGCGAUGAAUGGAUUGUCGUCCCGGACGACACUAUGGACGACACAUUGGCCGUCGUGCCGGACGACGUUCGGCCCACUGAGCCCUUGAAACCCCCCGCCCCCUGUACCCCGUUUUGGCCGCGCUUUCGCGACUUUAACGCGCGCGCGAAGCCGUUUCGUCGGAUUGAAUAAAGUGUUGGGAAUUGAAGCGAAUCCUCCUUUUGAUUGUUGUCUCGUUCGUCGCCUGCGGGCAAAGGAAGUCAAUAAUAACGGAAUGGAGUGACAGGUGGAGAGCGAGAGACUCUGGUAUUGUUACAACAGGUAAUGCCUCUAAUUAGGAGUGAGCGGAUGUGACGACAGCAUUGGCCAAUCAGAGCUCAGCUCUUGAAAGCAAU